AUGGAAACACGGACAGACUUGCGUCACCAUAUUUAUUGGUUUUUCUUUUGUCUUUUCUUUCUUUCUUUCUUCCUUUCUUCCUUUUUCUUUCUUUCUUUCUUUCUUUCUUUCUUUCUUUCUUUCUUUCUUCUGCUUUUUUGCUCCGCAUGUAACAACACCCCUUUUAUUCCGCCACUUCCGCUUAUUCCGCCACCUCCGCUUAUUCCAACACCCCUUUUAUUUCGACAACCCAGCUUAUUACGCCAUAUCCGCUUAUUCCAACACCCCUUUUAUUUCAACAUCCCCGCUUAUUCCACCACAUCUGCCUCUUCCAACACCCUUUUUAUUUCCACAUCCCCGCUUAUUCCGCCACAUCCGCUUAUUCCAACAUCCCUUUUAUUUCAACAUCCCCGCUUAUUCCGCCACAUCCGCUUAUUCCAACACCCCUUUGAUUUCAACAUCCCCGCUUAUUUUGUCAUAUCCGCUUAUUCCAUCACCCCUUUUAUUUCAACAUCCCCGCUUAUUUCGUCAUAUCCGCUUAUUCCAUCACCCCUUUUAUUUCAACAUCCCCGCUUAUUUCGCCACAUCCGCUUAUUCCAACAUCUCUUUUGUUUCAACAUCCCCGCUUAUUUCGUCAUAUCCGCUUAUUCCAACAUCCCUUUUAUUUCCACAUCCCCGCUUAUUCCGCCACAUCUGCCUCUUCCAACACCCUUUUUAUUUCACCAUCCUCGCUUAUUUCGCCACAUCCGCUUAUUCCAACAUCCCUUUUAUUUCAACAUCCCCGCUUAUUCCGCCACAUCAGCUUAUUCCAACACCCCUUUUAUUUCAACAUACCCGCUUAUUCCGCCACAUCCGCUUAUUCCAACACCUCUUUUAUUUCAACAUCCCAGCUUAUUUUGUCAUAUCCGCUUAUUCCAUCACCCCUUUUAUUUCAACAUCCCCGCUUAUUUCGUCAUAUCCGCUUAUUCCAUCACACCUUUUAUUUCAACAUCCCCGCUUAUUUCGCUACAUCCGCUUAUUCCAACACCCCUUUUAUUUCAACAUCCCCGCUUAUUUCGCUACAUCCGCUUAUUCCAACACCCCUUUUAUUUCAACAUCCCCGCUUAUUUCGCCACAUCUGCUUAUUCCAACGUGCCUUUUAUUUCAACAUCCCCGCUUAUUCCGCCACAUCUGCUUAUUCCAACAUCCCUUUUUAUUUCAACAUCCUCGCUUAUUUCGCCACAUCAGCUUAUUCCAACAUCUCUUUUGUUUCAACAUCCCCGCUUAUUCCGCCAAAUCCGCUUGUUCCAACACCCCUUUUAUUUCAACAUCCCCGCCUAUUCUGCCACAUCUGCUUAUUCCAACACCGCUUUUAUUUCAACAUCCCCGCUUAUUUCGCUACAUCCGCUUAUUCCAACACCCAUUUUAUUUCAAGAUCCCCGCUUAUUCCACCACCUCCGCUUAUUCCAACUUCCCGCUUUUUAG